GCGUCUAGCAACAGCUUUCAGCCCAGACAGCCGGCGGCGGCGGCGGGAGUGCUCUUUUCCGUGUAUCUCUUCAAAAUUACUCGCUGCCGGACAUUCUGAGUUAAAGUCGCUUGGCUUAAAACGGCAAAGGUGGAAAAAUAUAAGCCUGACCUCUGCUCAGAGAUAUGAGCGGCAGCGGGCGGCCCAGGACCAGCUCGUUUGCUGAACCGCCAGGUGUUCCAGGAGCCGUCGCCGCGCCCGCCGGAUCAGCCGCUGCCGUGGGGAGCAGCACAGGAAAGUCCGGGGUCGCGCAGGCCUCCGGCAGCAGCUCCUCAGGAUGCUCCAACCUCAAGCUAGCCAGAGACAUCGGGAAGGUGACGACAGUCGUAGCCACACCUGGUCAGGGACCGGACCGCCCACAGGAAGUGUCCUACACUGACAUCAAGGUCAUCGGUAACGGGUCGUUCGGUGUCGUGUACCAGGCCCGGCUCAUCGACACCUCAGAGAUGGUGGCCAUCAAGAAGGUUCUGCAGGACAAGAGGUUCAAGAACCGGGAACUCCAGAUCAUGAGAAAACUGGACCACUGCAACAUCGUACGGUUGCGUUAUUUCUUCUACUCCAGCGGCGAAAAGAAAGACGAAGUGUACCUCAACCUGGUCCUGGACUUUGUCCCUGAGACGGUCUACAGGGUUGCCAGGCAUUUUAACAAGGCCAAGAGCAUCAUUCCUAUAAUUUACGUGAAGGUGUACAUGUACCAGCUGUUUCGCAGUCUGGCGUACAUCCACUCCCAGGGCGUCUGUCAUCGAGACAUCAAGCCCCAGAACCUGCUGGUGGACCCAGAAACAGCCGUCCUGAAGCUGUGCGACUUCGGCAGCGCCAAGCAGCUGGUCCGCGGCGAGCCCAACGUGUCGUACAUCUGCUCGCGGUACUAUCGCGCGCCCGAGCUCAUCUUCGGCGCUACGGACUACACGGCCAACAUCGACAUCUGGUCGGCGGGCUGCGUCCUGGCAGAGCUGCUGCUCGGUCAGCCCAUCUUCCCCGGAGACAGCGGCGUGGACCAGCUGGUCGAGAUCAUCAAGGUUUUGGGAACACCAACCAGGGAACAGAUCAGAGAGAUGAACCCAAACUACACAGAGUUUAAGUUCCCUCAGAUCAAAGCUCAUCCCUGGACCAAG